UGUUCUGCCACUGACGUGUCGCAGUCGGUUAUUAUUGAGGAAAAACACGGAGCUGUUUUUGAUGUUAGACCUUUAACCACCGUCCAGGUAUUAUUACCAACAGGUAGAACAAUGGCAGAACCCAGCAAGCAGGACAUUUCUGCUAUUUUCAAGCGACUCCGCUCGGUUCCUACGAACAAGGUUUGCUUUGACUGUGCAGCUAAAAACCCCAGCUGGGCCAGCAUCACCUAUGGAGUAUUUCUCUGUAUAGAUUGUUCGGGGACACACAGGUCUCUGGGGGUGCACCUGUCCUUCAUCAGGUCCACUGAGCUGGAUUUUAAUUGGUCAUGGUUCCAGCUAAGAUGUAUGCAAGUUGGAGGCAACGCCAGUGCUAUCACAUUUUUCAGCCAACAUGGGUGCACAACCAGUGCUGCCAAUGCCAAGUACAACAGCCGGGCUGCCCAGCUGUAUAGAGAGAAGAUAAAGACUUUAGCCACACAAGCGACCAAACGCCACGGCACUGAGUUGUGGCUUGACAGUCAGGCUCCUCUCUCUCCGACAUCACCAGACGACAAACAGGUGGAUUUCUUCAGUCUGCAUUCACAGACUCCUCCUGAGAAUUUGAACAUGGCUAAAAUGAGUCUCAGCUCGUCCACAUCAGAGAAUCCUUCGACCACGGAAAAAGACGAAGACCAAAAUGGUAAUUUAGAGGAGGGACCUAGUGUGGAAAUGCUCAGUGUGUCUCCAAAAGCAAAUCCAGAGCCCUCCUCUCUUCUCAAGAAGAAACCAGCAGGUGCCAAGAAAACACUGGCCUCGAAGAAGGGCGGUCUGGGCGCUCAGAAGGUGAGCAGCCGGAGUUUCUCAGAGCUGGAGAAGAAAGCUCAGGCUGCUGACAAGCUCAGAGAGAAACAAGAGAACUCUGCUGCUGCCAAGAAGAAUAUUCAACCUGAGGAGUCCAUCACUCCCUCCAUGCGACUGGCCUAUAAAGAUCUUGAGCAGCAGAGAAAACUUGAGGAGCAGAAGUUGAUGAAGGGACUGGAGGGGAAGAAGAGGGAGCAGGCAGAGAGGCUGGGCAUGGGUCUGGGCAUCAGGAGUGGAGUUUCUCACUCUGUGAUGUCCGACAUGCACAUCAUCCAGCAGGAAAGUCCACUCGGAGCAAAGACCAGCAAAGGACGACGAUUUACGGAGGAAGAGGAGGAUGAAGGGUCCUUCAGCUCUAGGGUCCUGUCUCGGUUUGAGGAUCAAACAGAAACCUCAGAUAGUUUCUCUUCACGGUGGAGUGAAGGGCUUGAUGGAGGAGGUUGGAUGAAAGACAGCAAGAAGCCAGAGCCGGACUUCUACUUGUCCUCCACCAUCUCUUCACUUGAUGACAGGCCCACAUCCAGAAGGAAACCAGAACCAGUACCCGUCUCAGACACAGGAGAAGCUCGGAAAAAGUUUGGAAAUGAAGUCAAAGCCAUCUCAUCUGACAUGUACUUUGGAAAACAGGACAACUCUGAGUAUGAGGCAAAGACACGGCUGGAGAGAUUUUCUGGGAGCGCUGCUAUAAGUUCAGCAGACCUGUUUGAUGAUCCAAAGAAGCAGCCCGCGAGUUCCUACCGUCUGACCGAUGUGCUGCCCAGCGCUCCUGACAUGUCGCAGCUCAAACUUGGAGUUCGCUCAGUCGCAGGAAAACUGUCGGUCAUGGCCAGCGGUGUAGUUAGCUCGAUUCAGGAUCACUACGGCUCCUGAAUCCCAAUGUCUCCUGUUGGAUCUGUAGUCGUGCUCUGUUUAACAGAAUUAAAUCACAGUUUCAAUGAGUGAUGGGAGCUCAUCUUGGGAGAGACAGAAAAACAAAGAUCAGUGUGACAAGCCAGUCUGCAAUAUUUACCCCGAAAUUACUCUGUCUGUAUCUACAUCUAGUUUAGAUAAUGUAUAUACUUAACAGAUGCUAGAGUCAAAUCAAAAGGAGCAAAGCACAAUAUUUUCAGUGGAAUUAUUUCCUCCUGUAGACGUCUUGAAGAGAGAUUUCUGUAUAUAGUACAGUCAUGAAGAAUAUUUAGUUUACAUUAUAUUGCUUAGUUUGCUUUGAGGUUUGGAGGUUUAAAUAUUUAGAAAAAUGUAUGUAGCAGAGUGGAUUUGUGGUGUUUGGAAGAAGAGGAAAUCUUUUGAUUCUGUUGAGGCGAUCAAAGCCUAAAUGGGGAGACAAUUCUGUUGUUAUUACUUAACUGGACAACACACUCUCGCUCAUCACAUGCAAUCUGUAAUGUUGUUUUGUGCUUUUCAUGUGCACAUUGAUGCAGGUUUAAAAGUGUCCUUUCCGUCCCCAAAGUGCACUUAUGUUUGCUCUUCCACAGACAGGACCAAAAGCUGAUAAAGAGGCCUUGGGGGACCAGAUAUAUAUUUCUUAAUUGACUAUCAGUUAUAAAAACUGAUGAUUGAUGGCCUGUUUAGCAUAUAAGCUUCAUUAUUCUGUGAAUAGCUAACUUUUUAAAAUAGCUUUUGUUGACCUUGCAGAUAUAGUUACAAAAAGCCAGGAUGACACGUUGAAGCAGCUAAAUACAGAGUUUUACAAAAGGAAUAAUAAUGUGCUCUUGCUGAGAAUUAGGUGAAAAGAUCCACACAACUUUCAUGUCAGUCAGGAUAGCUGGUUAGCUUAGCUUAGCAUAAAGACCAGAAAUGUGUAGCCUGACGUCCAAAGCAGAGUUUUCCUGCAUAGAGGAAUUUUUCGGUGUCUCCCAUAGACCACUUUUGUUUUAUUGCGGUUUAAUUUACUCCCAAAGGCUUCUUCUCAUCAAAGAGAAACCCCGCCAAGCUAACAAAAUGUGCCUGCCACUGUCUCUAAAGCUCACUGAUUAAAUGAUUGUAUGUUCUUUAUUCAAUCCAACAAAAUACAAAGUUGUAUUUCCAAGAUUGCCUAUUACUACUCACAAAUGAUCUAUAUAUAUCAGCUUAAACAUUCGAAGGGUGUCACAUCUUCUCAGCUAAAUCUCAGCAAAAUAGAAAUAGGAUAAAUCUCUAAAAUUAUUCCUUGAAAAAGAAACUCUUGGUGAUUCAACCUAACUCCACCAGAAUGAACCUUCUUGAUGAAGGUCAGUUGCACUAAUUGUUAAAUUAUUAUUUUUCCUCAGUCCAGUUGUUUAUAAUUAGACACUAUGAAGAAUAUGGUCAAUGAUGCUAUAUAUAGAUUUAUUGGAUUUAGGGGUGCCUUUAAUGAGGUGUCGGUUUGCAUUUUCUUGAAGUCUGUAUGUAGAUGUUUGUAGUGAAUUUCUAAAAUGUAGCCUUUGAUAAAUGAUCUAACGGCACACUCUAAGGACUGUUAAAUGCCAGGAUUUCCAGAUGUGGUGAGACCUUUUUUGUAGCUUUUAGGCCUCAUUUCCACUUCAAAAGUGAACGUGAACAGUCCCUUUAAAACCUUCAGAGUUCACACUGCCAAGGUGUUUUCUUUAAAUAACGGAGAUGGCGAUGAAACAGAAACAGAAUGAUGAGUGGUGCCAGAGUGGGAUUUGGAUUUGAUAGCAUUAGGGAAGCAGCUGAUAUCUGCUCCUGGUGUUGGUAUUAAAACACACAGCUUAUGCUUUAGCAUUUCAGUAAAGCUUGCCAUGAUAUUAGCAAUUCUACAUCUGGUAAACGAUUGUGCAGUUAGGGGACUAGUGUUUUUAAAAGGACAGACGUCCCACAGUAUGAAGUAUUACUGAGCAAUUUCUGUACUGUCGAAAUCUCUCAGGAGUUUGAUUUGAAACACUAAAAGAGGGUAAAGUAAGAGCUGUACAUCCUCCAAUGACCAAAUAUUUGUUUACUCCCAUCACUUUAUGCCUUAGCCCAAAGAUCUUUAAUUAGCACACCCAAACGUUGCUAUAUUGUGGAGUCUUUUAGUUAUCUUUUUGCACAUAAUUUGUUAGAAAUUGCAUGUGGCAGCUUUUGCUUGGACGUACUGUAAUUGUUGCCUCUAAGUUUGCGCAUCCAUGUUAAACUUCAGUUUUGUUGAUGUUUGUAAGAUCGUGUCUUCUGCUGUGGAAUAUUGUUGAAUGUUACAUAGAAGAAUAGUGGCUUGUGUAAUUUGCAUGGCUCUUGUAGUUAGUAGGAUACACAUCGUGAGUAAAAGACGUUUAAUAAUAGCUGUAUAGUCGGCUAUGAACAAUGCUGUUUAGGACUUUGAAUUACCAUUUAUAGGAAGCUACUGAUAAUCGAAUUUUGACAAUUUUUGACACUCAAAAUGUAGGUAGGAAUUUUGGAAAACAUGCCAAAUAAAAGGUUUGUGGCUGAA